AAACCGCUUACAAAUAACUUCCGGAGUAAACAAACUGCACAAGUAUUGUUUGUAACUGCUUACGAAUAAAGACUGUGUGUGUGUGUGUGAGAUUUUGUUAUCCCCCUUUUGGUACAUCUCAUUCUAGAUUUGGGUCAUAGGUCAGCUGUUAGUCGAGUCGAGUAAAAAUCGAUGAUCACAUGUUUUUGAGUCGUCACCUGACACAUUCUGCCGUCCGUGCAAAGCAGCAACACUCUCGACUCAUUCUCAGCCAAAACAGCAGCAGACACAGGACAGUCAACAACCUACUCAAACAAACGUGCCUUCACCACAUCUUCAAUCAUUUAACUGUGUAUUAAUUAAGAUUUUGUUCGAUGUGGGCAAACAUUACAGGACCACAAACGAUGAUUAUCCCGAUCUGUUUGGUGUUGGUGUGCUGUGCCAGCGUAAAUGCUGGGCUGACCUCGGCGGCGCCCACCACCACCACCACCCCAAAACCCAAAACGGCAAACUACAAAAUCGGUGUUGGUAUUGCAGAUAUUACUGGCCCAGCAGCUGAAGUUAACAUGAUGGGUUAUGCCAACCCUUCACAAGUUACUGGUGGUAUUCACAUACGACAGUUCAGCCGAGCGUACAUCAUCGCCGACGUCAAUAAACCAGAGGAUAGAGUUGUGUUUGUCAGCAUAGAUGCUGGUAUGCAAGAUCAACUCGUCACACUUGAGGUGUUGAAGCGUCUUCAAUCGGAGCACAAGGAUCUGUACACCAAUAAGAACGUUGCUAUCAGCGGGACCCACUCUCACUCCGGUGUGGCAGGAUUCUUGGAGCAUGUUCUCUUCCAGGUGACAUCAAUGGGCUUUGUCCCACAAGUGUUCCACGCUCUAGUUGACGGCAUCACACAGAGCAUAGAAAAUGCCCAUAACAAUAUGGUGGACGGUAACAUCUUCCACAACCAGGGACGUCUGGAAGACUCAAACAUUAACCGUAGCCCAAGUGCAUAUGACAACAACCCGAAGGAAGAAAAAGCAAAAUAUAAGUACAAUGUUGACAAAUUGAUGACCGUCCUUAAGCUUGCAGACAUCGACGGCAAUGACCUUGGCAUGAUCAAUUGGUUUGCAGUGCACGGCACCAGUAUGAACAAUACAAACCAUCUCAUUAGCGGGGAUAAUAAGGGCUACGCCUCACAGCUGAUGGAGGAACACUUCAAUAUGGGUGCCAGACCUGGCAAGGGAAAAUUUGUUGCCGCAUUUGCAUCAUCCAAUCUCGGGGAUGUUUCACCAAACACCGAUGGAGCUAAGUGCACUGACACUGGCAAGCCCUGUGACUACAAUACCAGCACAUGUAAUGGAAAGAAUGAGAAGUGCAUUGCCUUUGGACCAGGAUCAGACAUGUUUGAAAGUACAAGAAUCAUCGGCGAGAAUCAAUACAAGAAGGCAUUGGACCUUUACAACAGUGCUACUACUCUACUGAGUGGACCAGUGGGUUCUGUGCACCAGUAUGUUGACAUGACGAAUCAAGUGGUAGUUUACAACAGUACAUUCUGGGGAAAGACAUGCAAAGCAGCUAUGGGAUUCAGCUUUGCUGCAGGGACUACUGAUGGACCUGGUGCAUUUAAUUUUAAACAGGGUGACACAGAAGGUGACUUGUUCUGGAAGUUUAUUGUCUCUAAGAUCAAGAAGCCCUCAGCACAGCUUGUUGAAUGCCAGAAACCAAAACCAAUACUUCUACCAGUUGGAGAGAUGUUGGAACCUUAUCCGUGGGGUCCCUCCAUUGUGGACACACAGAUGCUGCGCAUUGGUCAGUUUGCUCUUGUUGCUGUACCAGGGGAAUUCACAACGAUGUCUGGUCGCAGGACUCGAGAGGCCGCGCUAAAGAGUCUGAUUCAGCACGGCAUGCCACACGAGACUAUUGUGGUCUUAGCUGGUCUCACAAACACCUAUUCAGAUUACAUUGCAACAUAUGAGGAGUACCAGGUUCAACGUUAUGAAGGAGCCUCCACAGUCUUUGGUCCACACACACUCCAAGCUUAUAUCAACCAAUUUGUUAGUUUGUCGGGACACUUAGCAAUGGGUAGCCAACCCAAGCCCGGACCUACCCCAGAGAACCUCCUGAGCAAGAUGAUCAGCCUUCUGCCUCCAGUGGUGUUUGACGAAGUCCUUCCCUUUGAGAAGUUUGGCGGUGUGGUGAAGGACGCUCAAGCAAAAUACAAGAAAAACUCAAUUGUGACUGCAACAUUUCGAGCUGGCAAUCCCAGGAAUGACUUGAGGACUGGAGGCACUUUUCUCUCGGUGGAAUUCAAAGAUCCAUCCACUGGCAAAUUUGCUCAGAUGUUCUCUGACUCUGAUUGGUGCACAAGAUUUUACUGGAAGCGAACUGAAGAGCUUCUAGGUAUGAGCGAGACAACAGCGUGGUGGCAAAUACCCAUGACAGUACCCGUUGGUACCUACCGCCUACACGUGUAUGGUACUGCAAAACACAUCAUUGAUGGAAUGAAGUCGUAUGAAGGAAUAUCAAGAGAGUUUAAUGUUACAGCUUAGACAGAUGAAGAGCAAUUUCUGCUUAGCACAGGAAUAUUGUGCUUAUCAGAAGUUGGAAACCUGAUAAAACUUGAGUCCAAUGCUCUAAGUUUUAUUUUGUUAGAUUGAUG